AUGAAGACUGGGCUGCAGAGUUUUGCUGCUGAGGUGGAAAGCUGCAGCUCGGCGCGGGGCGAGCGGGCCCUGGUGAAGCAGCAGCUGCAGCAGCUGCUGCAGCAGCUGCAGCAGCUGGGGGAUUUGGAAAGAGAAAAAGAUGUGGGGUUUGCUGCUCGGGCUUUGUGGCGCCUGGUGUACGUACACUCCAGGGGCCACGCGCUGCAGCAGGGCCUCGCAGCAGCAGCAGCAGCAGCAGCGCUGCUGCUGCUGACGCAGGAGAAGAUUUCUUACCGAAUUGCUGCUUACGAGGCCCUUUUGCUGCUGCCGAUUUUGGGGGCCCCGCAGCAGCUGCUGAGGGCCCCCAAGCGCAGCAGCAGCAGCAGCAGCGGCGACCGCCUGCAGCAGCUCAAGCGCCGCUUCAACAGGAAGCAGCAGCAGCAGCAGCAGCAGCAGCAGCAGCAGCAGCAGCAAGGCUGGGCCCUGCAGCUGCGAGAAGCCGUCAAAGCAGACCUCAUUUCGGGAGUGCCGCUGCUGCAGUGUUUGGCGCUGCAGCAAGUGUGGGGUGUAUGUACAGCUCAGGCGCAGGGCGCAGCAGCAGCAGCAGCAGCAGCAGCAGCAGCAGCAGCAGCAGCAGACGAGCUGCUGCCCCUGGUUCAGUGCCUCGCAAACCCAGCAGCAAGGAACCCCGACUGCUGCAGACAGAGGGCCUACGUGGCGCUGCUCACGCUGCACAGGAUAUCUCCGCUGCAGCAGCAGCAGCAGCAGCAGCUGCAGCAGCAGCAGCAGCUGCUGCUGCAGCAGCAGCAGCAGCUCGACGUGUGGCUCUAUCGACUCACGCAGAGCCUCAUGAUUGAAAAGGACCCAGACACAGUGCUGUCGCUGUCGCAUUUGCUGCUGGGGCUGCUGCUGAGGCACAAACCAAGCAGCAGCAGCAGCAGCAGCAGCAGCAGCAGCAGCAGAGCUGCAGCAGCAGCAGGCGCUGCUGCUGCUGAAGCAGCAGGCGGGUGGGUUGCUGUCCGGUCUUCCGUGCUGCACUGCCUCGCCAGGAUGCUUUGGGAUGAGGCCCCGAAGCAGCAGCAGCAGCAGCAGCAGCAGCAGCAGCAGCAGCAGCAGCAGAGGCUGCCCUCCCCGUUCCUCGUGAUUCGGCUGCUGCAGCUGCUGCAGCUGCUGCCGCCCCCAACAGCAGCAGCAGAGCAGCAAACAGCAAACCAAACCUUCAGACUCUGCUUCGACAGGCUCGCCCAGGCCUGCACUGUGCGCAGCGCAGCAACGGCGCAGCGGCGGCGUUGGCCCUUCAGCAGCAAAUGGGGCAGCUCCGACGCAGCAGCAGCAGCAGCAGCAGCAGCAGCAGCAAACGGAGCCGCGGGGGAGCAGCUGCAGCUGCGCAGCAGCAGCCGCAGCAGCAGCAGCUUGUGGAGCAAGGCCAAGUCCAGGUCUUUGUCUGCUGCUGCUUCUUUGACGCGAGCGACCUCGCUGUCGAGGCACUCGAAGGCAGCAGCAGCAGCAGCAGCAGCAGCGGAGCAGCAGCAGCAGCAGCAGCAGCAGCAAAUCUGGGAGAUCACCCCCCUUCAUGCUGCGCUGCUGGUGGAAGCAGCAAAUGCUGCUCUUGCUUUAGGUGCUGCUGCUGCUGCUGACGUCACCGCCAGAGCCGUCGAUGUCCUAGCCACUCUCAUUGCAGACCAGCGCGGGGACGUGAAGCUCGCAGCAGCUGAAGCAGUUUUGUCUCGGCUGCAGCAGCAGCAAGACAUCAGCCGCUUUGAAUUUUUGCUGCCUGCUGCUCUCGCCCUAGCCACGGGAGAUGCAGACGCUGCAGUGCAGCUAGCGGGCGCGGGAAACACCCCCGCGUUGGUGAACAGUUUGUUGACUUCGCUGUGCAACAUUUCGCCCUUCUUUAGGGGUUUAGGGAUUGUGGAGAAGCUCGCAGCAGCAGGGGACUGGCCAGCAGCAGUUUCUUUCCUUCUUUCGAAAAUCCCAAGUUUGUCUGCUGCAGCAAAAGCAGCAGUUGCUGCUGCUGCAGCAAGGAUAACCGACGCCAACGCAAACCCCGAGCAAUAUUUGGAGAAGGCCUUCGAGCUUCUCUCAGCAGCCCCGCGCGAAACCCCCGAAUUCAUUUGGUGCAGAGCGUCGACGCGGCUUGCUGCUGCUUCCAGCCCUGAGCUGCAGGGUGUCUGCGGGCUGCAGCAAACGGCAGUUCGUGCUGCAAUGGAGGCCUUAAGAAAUCCUGGCAUAGAGGCCUCUCUUUUAAG